AUGUUCAAAAUCGCGUUGUUCAGUAUGCUGUAUGCUUACUUCGAGGGGCUUUGCAAGCAGUACCGCGAAACUCUGUCGGGCUUCAAACUCACCAGGCCGUUCUUCAAGCCAUCCCUCGCUGUCCCGAAUGAACAGUCCGUACCACCGAUCCGGGAGAAGUGGUACUAUCCCGCCGACAUCGCCAACGAUCUCAAAGACUUCGACCUUCCACAGCGCAUCAAGGAAGAAGUAUAUGCAUGCGCAUGGGAGUACGCACGCUGCGUGAUUCCUCAGUACACCAAUUGGAAUCGCUAUGUGGCCUUCAUGCGUGUUAUCGUCAUCGGUAUCGUCGCGGAGUGCAAAGGCGACUUGGUACAGGUGUCACUCGGCGACAAUCUUCUAGGCUACAACCUCACUGCUCUUCUCGACGAACUCUUUCAGGGCACAACUGAACAUGCGGCCAUGGCUCGCGAAUUCCGCUGCUUCCUUCUCAUUACAGCAGACAAAGCAAGCAAACGCCGUGAAGGCCUGUUGUUCAAACGUUACGUUACCGCCCUCGCCAAGUCGCCUCGGCAAUGGUUCCGCAUGCGCGACACAGAUGCUUUGAUCCGCUUUACCAUGGGCGCAGCUCUGGUCUGUAACGAUCUCGAUGACGUACACUAUACCGAAGAACAGUUCGAGGCUUUGGAUGAACUCGGCGCCACUCUCUACGACAGUGUAGCCUUCUACAAACACCGGUCUGAGGGCGAGACAAACUCCACGUUCGCAUACGCGCCUUCCGACAUCCGUAUCAAGGCUUUCCACCAGUCCCUGAUGCGUCGCUACCGGUUCAUCGAAGAUGGAAUGAUGAUCGGUCGGCCUGAGACUACCGCCGUCAUCACACAAGCACGCCAACAGUUCAAGCUCUGGAACCGCGUCGACAUGCAGGAUGGCGAUGUCAAGGAUGUCGAGCGCUACAACCACGUAGUGGCGAGAAGUGAUGAGCUCAUGUUCGACGGCCUCCGUGAGUUCCUCGACGCGAGCAACGAGAAUACUUGUAAGGGCUGUCAGCACCGUGAGACACAUGGUGGACAGACUUCUUUUUCGUUUGGUGGAAUAAAGCUAUGCGACGGCUGCAAGGAGUCUUGGGGUGCGUACGUCGAGUCUUUCUCGGCUCGGUUCGCGGAUGUGUUUCCGGAGAUCAAAAACGUGAUGACAACUUAA